AUGAGAUCUGAAGAAGAAAAAAAGAAAAGGAUUAUGAUGAUGAAAGCUGAAGAAGAAAUUGAAGAAGAACAAGAAGUAAUUUAUGCUAGUAGAGAGAAAGUAAGAGUAAGUGAAGGAGUUAGAUUUGAAGUUUACUCAAGAGAAGACAAGAUUUUAAAAGGAGUUUACAGAAAAGAUAUAUAUGAUGAUUGGAAAUUGGAAACUAAAUGUGUUCUUGAAAAUGAUCCAUCAGGGUUUAAGAUUUCUGAAGCUGAGAUAUUUGUCAGUGGAGAUGGAAAUGUUUCGAUUAAUGAGAAAAUUGAAAUUGUGAUUAAGAGAAGAAGAAAGAAUAAUAAGAGAAGGUGUUUCAAGGUUUUGGAAGAAAUACCAGAAGAUAGAGAAGAAGGGGAGGAGAAGGAGGAGAAUGAAUCUGAUGGCUCUUGUUGCUGUUGCUGUGGUGGUGAUGAGAUGAUUGGAAGUGAUUCUGAUGAUGGAGAUUUUUCAGAGAAAAGUGAGACUGAUGAUGAAGUAACUUGGGCUGUUGAUGUUGGAAUUUGGGUUAUGUGCUUGGGUGUUGGAUAUUUGGUUUCUAAAGCGUCAUCAAGAACCUUAAGAAGAAGAAGGAUGAUGUUCAGAUAA